GCCACCUAUCACCACAUUGAAGCGGCAAAGACAGGCUGUGAGUCACACAAGUCAAAUCCCUCGGUAGCAUGUCGACCAAGAAGCGCGCCAAGCAAGCCACCAAGAAGUCGUCGGAGGUCAAGAAGACGGGCGACGUCGUCCGCAUUCUCUACGACAGCGUCGCGUUCCCGGCGCACCUCUCAAACCUCGAGGCCAAGCUGACGCGGCAGUUCCCGCAGCUCGCCAUCACGAGCGAUGACUACCCGCUGCCGCCGACCAAGCUCAUGUGGUCGCGCAUCACAAUCACGCUCCAGGCCAUUUUGACGAUCAUCGUCAUGUUCGGAGACCAGAUUCUCAAUGCGAUCGGUUUUCCGCUUCCCGACGAGACGCUGCAAAAGUACAACCAGUACCGCUUCGUCGUCUUCCCGAUGAUCAUGAUCCUCUCGCCGUUGCGCCAGAUGCUCUCCAACACGGGCGCAUUUGAAGUCUACAUCAACGACAAGCAGAUUCACUCGGCGCUCACGACGGGCCGCUCGCCGUCCUUCGAGGUCGUCAAGGCUGCGCUCGUCGAGGCUGGCUUCAAGCCCGCGGCGCCCGCUGCCCAGUAAGACGGAGUGCAGAGAAUGAAUACAGUCGUUGUUGCAUGAGCU